AUGGCCAACUUCCUCUCCCAGUUCCAAACCAUCAAGAACUCUUCCGAUCGCCUCGUCAUUUCAGUGGAGGAUGUGAGUGAUUUGUGGCCAACUGUCAAGCCUGCUUUCGAGGCGCGGUUGCCGUUCAAGAGAGCAAGUUUGAAUAACAAGGCGAGGAACCCUGUAUUGGUUGAGAAGUUGUCGGCGGAGUUCAUAUUAACUACAGAUUCAAGGCUUCGUAGCCGGUUCCCUCAGGAGCAGUUGCUGUUCUGGUUUCGUGAGCCAUAUGCAACUGUCGUGCUUGUUACCUGUGAGGAUCUUGAUGAGUUUAAAACCAUCCUUAAACCACGCUUGAAACUAAUUGUCCAGAAUGAUGAAAGGGAAUGGUUUAUUGUAUUUGUAUCUAAAGCUCAUCCAGCUAAUGACCAGGCAAACAAAAUGGCAAAAAAAGUAUAUGCUAAACUUGAAGUUGAUUUCAGCUCCAGAAAAAGAGAAAGAUGCUGCAAAUAUGAUAUGCAUUUCCCUGAAGCUAAUUUUUGGGAAGAUCUAGAAUCAAAAAUAAUGGAAUGCAUCAGAAAUACACUGGAUAGGCGCGUACAGUUUUAUGAAGAUGAGAUACGGAAGCUCAGUGAACAGCGUCUCAUGCCAGUCUGGAACUUCUGUAAUUUUUUCAUUUUGAAGGAAAGUUUGGCUUUUAUGUUUGAAAUGGCGCAUCUUCAUGAAGAUGCCUUAAGGGAAUAUGAUGAACUAGAACUCUGCUAUCUUGAAACAGUUAACAUGACUGGAAAGAAAAGAGACUUUGGUGGGGCAGACCAUGGUGAUGAUCAGGCCACAAUUGUUAAUCCAGGAAACAAAACAUUGACGCAGAUUGUCCAAGAGGAUUCGUUUAGAGAGUUUGAAUUUAGACAGUAUCUGUUUGCCUGUCAAUCAAAGCUCUUAUUCAAGCUUAAUCGACCUAUUGAGGUAGCAUCACGAGGUUAUUCGUUCAUAUUAAGCUUCUCAAAAUCCUUGGCAUUGAAGGAGCGUAUUCUUCCUUUUUGUAUGCGUGAAGUCUGGGUGAUAACUGCUUGCUUGGCUUUAAUUGAAGCAACCACUUCCAACUAUAGUGAUGGACUUGUGGCACCUGACGCAGAGAAGGAGUUCUUUUGUCUUCUUGGUGACCUAUAUUCUUUAGCCAGAGUUAAGUUCAUGAGGCUAGCGUAUUUAAUUGGGUAUGGUACUGAUAUAGAAAGAAGUCCUGUCAACAGUGCUUCCCUCAGCUUGCUACCUUGGCCUAAGCCAGCUGUUUGGCCUUCAGUCCCUGCUGAUGCAUCAGCAGAGGUGCUUGAGAAAGAAAAGUUGAUUCUCCAAACGACUCCUAGAACCAAGCACUUUGGUAUUCAGAGGAAACCACUGCCCCUUGAACCAACUGUGCUACUACGAGAGGCUAACAGGCGGAGGGCUUCACUUUCCGCUGGAAAUGUGUUUGAAAUGUUUGACAGUCGCCAGGGUCCAAUGGAAGGAUCAGGUUUUGAUUCAUCCCCCAAGAUGUCACCACAAAAAGUACUCUCGAAUUCGAUGACACGCACUAAUUCUUCUCCGGGAAACUUUGAUAGCUCAAUUGGCCGACCUAUGAGGCUUGCUGAGAUUUAUAUUGCUGCCGAACAUGCUUUGAAGCAAACAAUUUCUAAUCUUGGGAUGUUAAAAUCAUUAUCAUCAUCCGAGGAGUUUGAGAAAAAAUAUCUAGAGCUAACUAAAGGUGCUGCUGACAAUUACCACCGUUCCUGGUGGAAAAGACAUGGAGUUGUCCUUGAUGGUGAGAUAGCUGCUGUUGCCUUUAAACAUGGCCAUUUUGACCAAGCUGCAAAGUCAUAUGAGAAGGUUUGUGCACUGUAUAAUGGGGAAGGAUGGCAGGACUUGUUGGCCGAGGUCCUUCCCAUUCUAGCAGAGUGUCAAAAUAUUCUUAAUGAUCAAGCUGGCUACUUGCUAUCAUGUGUGCGGCUACUUUCUCUUGAAGAUGGAUUAUUUUUGACGAAGGAGCGUCAAGCUUUUCAAGCAGAAUUGAUUCGUCUUGCUCAUAGUGAAAUGAAAGACCCUGUACCUCUUGAUGUAUCAUCCUUAAUUACAUUUUCUGGAAAUCCUGGACCUCCAUUAGAGUUAUGCGACAGGGAUCCUGGUAUCCUUUCAGUAACUGUCUGUAGUGGUUUUCCAGAUGAUAUAACUCUUGAUUCAAUCAGUCUUACAUUAAUGGCAACAUAUAAUGCUGACGAAGGUGUAAAGGCAUUGAAGAGUUCUACAGCUAUUGUGUUACACCCUGGUCGGAAUACUAUUACCUUGGAUCUACCACCUCAGAAACCAGGAUCAUAUGUUCUUGGAGUUCUUACUGGGCAGAUUGGGCAGUUGAGGUUUAGAUCUCAUGGUGUUUCAAAACUUGGUCCUGCAGAGAGUGAUGAUGUUAUGAGUUAUGAAAAGCCAGCUAAACCUAUUUUGAAGGUUUCCAAACCUAGAGCACUUGUGGAUCUUGAUGCUGCUGUUUCAUCUGCUUUGUUAAUAAAUGAACAUCAAUGGGUUGGUAUUUUAGUUCGGCCGUUAAAUUACUCCCUCAAGGCUGCUGUCUUGCAUAUUGAUACUGGUCCAGGAUUGGAGAUUGAAGAGACAAACAUAGUUGAGAUGGAAAGCUAUGCUGGUGUAUCAGACAUUGGUGAGGCUGAGGUGCAGAAAGAUGGUGCUCAGAUAGAAUCUUUGAAUUCUGAGAAAAAGUUUGAACGAUCAACUCUUCAUGACGGUAAAAUAGUGUUUCCGAAUUGGGCAAGUGACACUCCUUCUAUACUCUGGGUUCUAAUUCGUGCCAUCAGUGACACACUUAACAGAGGAUCAUCUUCAGUCACAACAAGGAGAGAGAGUAUUGUAGAUGGAAUGAGAACAAUAGCUCUGAAACUUGAAUUUGGAGCAUUUCACAAUCAGAUAUUUGAAAGGACCCUAGCUGUGCAUUUUACACAUCCUCUCUAUGUGAGGACACAUGUUACUGAUAAAUGCAAUGAUGGUACCUUGCUUCUGCAGGUAAUACUUCACUCUGAAAUAAAGGCUACAUUGACCAUAUACGAUGCUUGGCUUGAUCUUCAAAACGGAUUUGUUCAUUCUGGACAAACUGAGGGUAGACCUACUUCAAGCUUCUUCCCACUAAUCAUAUCUCCCACUUCCAAAGCAGGAAUUUUGUUUAGUAUCUUCCUAGACAAGACAAACACAGAAGAAGACAUGAAGCAACCAGAAAGCAUACUAAAUAUCAAAUAUGGAAUUUCUGGUGAUAGAACAAUUGGAGCCCAUCCUCCUUUUAUAAAUGAAUCUACUGGGGUUGAUGGUGCUAGACAGGAGCUGAUCUUCAAGAGUGUAAUUAUUUUACAAAGGCCUGUGCUUGAUCCAUGCCUAGCCGUUGGUUUUCUUCCUCUCCCUUCAGAUGGCCUCAGAGUUGGACAACUAAUUAAGAUGCAAUGGAGGGUGGAAAGGUUGAAGGAUUUGAAUGAGAAAGAAAUUUCUGAACAGAAUGACGAGGUGCUGUAUGAGGUAAAUGCAAAUUCUGGAAAUUGGAUGAUCGCUGGAAGGAAGAGAGGGCAUGUAUCUCUCUCCAAAAAUCAAGGUGCAAGGAUAAUUAUCUCAGUAUUAUGCAUGCCAUUGGUGGCUGGUUAUGUGCGUCCUCCUCUACUUGGGCUGCCAGAAAUUGACGAGGCAAAUAUAAGGUGCAAACCUUCCGGGCCACAUCUAGUUUGUGUUUUGCCACCAACACUCAGCUCAUCCUUCUGUAUUCCAGUUAAUUCAUGA